AUGGGCGAUACAGGAGGUGACUUUGAGUUGAUGGGCGAUCUUCCUGUCCACCGUGGUGAAGCAUCCCUUUCCGCGAACGAUGCGGACGACGGUGGUUUCAAACUAUUGCCCGACUACGCCAAAACGGUUACUCGAAUCACCUUUAUGGUUGCCACUGCUUCUCUAUUGUCGGGUGUUUUGGCCAUGUGGUGGUGUGCCAGUCAAGUGGCGUAUAUCGCAUUUUUCUUCCCAUUGGUAACAGCUCCAGCGGUGGUAGUGCAACGGAUUCGAAUUCAGUGGAUGCCAACUCUGAGACAGGAAUUGAACAAAUUGCGAAGUUCCGUCAAUGAUUUCGCCUAUCAGAAUGCUCGAUUACAAGCCGAGAAUACACGGUUGGAGCAACAAGUCAACAAAUUAUCGGGUGUGGAGGACCGCCUUGCUGAGAUUGUUGAAAAAGAAGGCAGGAAUGUCAAUGAAUUCAAGGGGCUAUUAAAGGAAAAUAAAUCGAUACAAGAGGAAAUGGCGGCACUACUCCAAGCCGAAAAGUUUCAUCAACUCAUCGACGCCAUGAUUGCAUCCGAACAAGAGGUAGACAACGUUGUGUGUGAAAAGGAGAUGGAUAUCUUUAUGCGACGAUUAAAGGGGUUACAUCCUGGUCGCAAUUCCAGCUACAUUGAUGAGGAAGCCCUUCGAGCCGCCUUUUUGGGAACGAAUCAAUCACCGGAGGCUUUGUUGCAGGUUACAUCUAGCUAUUUGUCGAGCAAGAGUCAGGAGACGGAGGGUGCAAAUAUUGUGUGA